AUGGACUACUCACACAAUUCGAAACAAAACAACCGUAGCCGCUGGCUCACCAUCGUCGCCGGCGUUGCAGCGGUCCUUCUUAUCCUCAACAUAUUUUUGCGCGACAGUCGUUCCCACCCAGAAAUCACCAAGGCGGUUGCUGUUCUCAAAGGAGACUCUCAAGUAACCGGCACCGUUACAUUCCAGCAGACCUCAAGUGGGGUCACAAUUUCUGGUGAACUACGCAACCUCGACCCCCUUGCAUUGCGAGGCUUUCACAUCCAUCAGUCUGGAGAUCUUUCUGGCGGCUGUCUAUCGGCUGGGCCACACUUCAAUCCGUUUGGCAAAACCCAUGGCGCUCCUUCAGAUUUCCAGCGCCACGUCGGUGACCUAGGUAACAUAAAAUCCGACGAGUUUGGAGUGGCAACGUUCUCCAUCGAAGACACUCUUAUUGCCCUCAACGGACCGCUCAGUGUUCUUGGUCGAGCGGUUGUCAUCCACGCAGGUACGGAUGAUCUGGGACGCGGCGACAACGAGGAGAGUUUGAAAACAGGUAAUGCUGGUGCACGCGCUGCAUGUGGUGUUAUUGGAAUAUCCAGUGAAGCGUGA